GCAUUUUCGGCCACCUCUAAAUAGGUGGGCGAGGGCUUGAGUUAACCGGGAGUGUGAAGUCCAACUAAACGCGAAAAGAUGCCUUGUCUGAACCUCUCAACCAACGUUAGCGUUGACGGCGUUGACACCUCCGCCAUCCUCUCCGAAGCCACCUCCACCGUCGCCAAGCUCAUCGGCAAGCCCGAGGCCUAUGUGAUGAUUGUCUUGAAGGGAUCAGUUCCCAUAGCUUUUGGUGGAACUGAGCAGCCAGCAGCUUAUGGUGAGUUGGUGUCCAUUGGUGGCCUUAGCCCUGACGUUAACAAGAAGCUGAGCGCUGCAAUUGCAACAAUCCUUGAGACGAAGUUGUCAGUGCCCAAGUCACGAUUCUUCCUCAAGUUUUAUGACACCAAGGCCCAUCCAAGCCAAGAAUAUGCACAGUGUUUGCAUGCUUUACACCAGCACUAGAUCAUGGUUCCAACUUUGGAUGGAACGGUUCCACAUUCUAAGUCCAGCAACUUGUCUUUGUUGCACACAAGCUCAAUGACAUGCAUUUAGACAGCAAUAUCUCCAUGGUGAUUUGGUAUCACAAGGACUUGGCUGUGGUAGUAUAUUACAUUCUUUUAUUUCUCCUUAGACAUGUGAUAUUUGGAAUACUAGAUGGUUCAACUUUAUGUUUCUUUUGGGGCAAAAGAACCACCUUUAUCUACACUUGGCAAUAGCUAAUACUGUUAUAGUACUCAUAAUGUAUCAUUUAGAUUCGCAAGUGAAUUGGCUCUGUUCUCAAGCUA